GCGACACCCAGAACCUUGUACUUGGAGUUAUUAUGAUAUAUGGUAACCAACCUCCACACACUCUCGACUAUGGCCACUCACUCUUCCUUCCUACCUCAAAUCUUCUUAAUCUUUAGCUUUUUGGCCUACUCAGUUGCUGCUGCUCGGUGCAGGAACCCGCCCGUGAUUUUCAACUUUGGCGAUUCCAACUCGGACACGGGUGGACUCGUCGCCGGACUCGGCUUUCCCGUCACUCUCCCCAAUGGCCGUACCUUCUUCCGCAGAUCAACUGGCAGGUUGUCUGAUGGGCGGCUCUUGAUCGAUAUCCUCUGCCAGAGUUUGAAUACAAGUCUGCUGAGCCCGUACCUGGACUCACUGACAGAUUCCAAGUUCAAAAAUGGUGCAAAUUUUGCAAUUGUAGGAUCCUCUACCCUCCCAAAAUAUGUUCCGUUUUCUUUGAACAUUCAGAUCAUGCAGUUUCUUCAUUUCAAAUCCAGGACCCUUGAACUUAUUAAUGCCGGUGAACGAAAUUUGAUCAACGACGAAGGUUCAGAAAGGGCAGAAAUAAAGAAUGCAUUGAAGGUUUUAUAUAAUCAAGGUGGUAGAAAAUUUUGGAUACACAACACUGGACCAUUAGGUUGUCUGCCUCAAAAACUCUCAACGGUGCAAAACAAAGAUCUGGAUCAGCACGGAUGUCUUUCAAGUUACAAUUCUGCUGCGCAAUUGUUCAACGAAGGAUUAAACCAUUUAUGUCAAUCGAUUAGAUCAGAACUGAAGGAUGCUUCAAUAGUUUAUGUAGAUAUAUAUUCCAUCAAGUAUGAUCUCAUUGCCAACUCCAAGAAAUAUGGUUUUCCAAGUCCGUUGAUGGCCUGUUGUGGGUAUGGUGGACCUCCAUACAAUUACAACGUGAAGAUAACGUGUGGUCAUCCCGGUAGUAACGUCUGCAACGAAGGAUCUAGAUUUAUAAGCUGGGAUGGAAUUCAUUACACAGAAGCUGCUAAUGCCAUUAUCGCCUCGAAAGUACUUUCCAUGGCUUACACUGUCCCACAUACCCCUUUGGAUUUCUUCUGCCGUGCUUGAACAUUGAUAUUUAAUUAUAGUUGAACCUUCAAGCAUCUGUCUGGUGGUGUGCUGCUAAUGUUUUGGUGAAGUUUGUGCAAGAGAAAAUUUCUGAUUAUGAUCAAAUCUUGUAGCUUGGAUUUUUAAUUAGUAUAGGCUGCUUGAGCUUCCUUCUUAAUUUGUAAACUGCUAAUGGAAGCCACAAAAUGCAGAGGCUCUUUUAGCAUUUCACUUAAAUAUUGAGCUAUGUUGAUGGUGUUUGUUCUGUCUAA